AUGACACUCAGGCAUUCACAACCAAAGGAUACAUCCAUGACACUCAGGCAUUCACAACCAAAGGACACAUCCAUGACACUCAGGCAUUCACAACCAAAGGACACAUCCAUGACACUCAGGCAUUCGCAGCUUAAGGACACAUCCAUGACACUCAGGCAUUCACAACCAAAGGACACAUCCAUGACACUCAGGCAUUCACAACCAAAGGACACAUCCAUGACACUCAGGCAUUCACAACCAAAAGACAAAUCCAUUACACUCAAGUAUUCGCAGCUUAAGGACACAUCCAUGACACUCAGGCAUUCACAACCAAAGGACACAUCCAUGACACUCAGGCAUUCACAACCAAAAGACAAAUCCAUUACACUCAAGUAUUCGCAGCUUAAGGACACAUCUAUGACACUCAGGCAUUCACAACCAAAAGACAAAUCCAUGACACUUAAGCAUUCGCAGCUUAAGGACACAUCCAUGACACUCAGGCAUUCACAACCAAAGGACACGUCCAUGACCCUUAAGCAUUUACAGCCUAAGGACACACCCACGUAUCCACAGUCUAAAGACACACCCAUGAAAAUGAAACACAUUUAUUUUACCAACGCCACCUAA